AUGCCCAACAACAGCAAAUCCACCAAGAUCCCAGAUCCUCCAAUGCUUACCGAUGGAAAGGAGCCCCGAUUCGAAGACUGGCUGCUCCUGAUGUCUCAGAAGCUUGCUGCCAAUGCAGACCACUUUGACCUUUCCCAACUUUUUGAUACGCUCAAUCACCUGAAAACAAUCUAUAAUGAUCCGAACCGUGUUACCACUGCAAAGCACCAGUUCCAACAGUUGUACAUGAAGACCAGUGACAAGUUUCAUGACUUCCUGUCUGAAUCCCUCUGCCUUGCAGCUGAAGCGGGCGUUGCUGAGGAUGAUUUGAGAGAUGAGCUCUACACGAAAUUGACGACCAAGCUCCAGGAGCUGUGCAUCUCCAGUAGCAUUAGCGAUGGAACAUUCCAGGAAUUCUCCAGCGCUGCCUCCCAGACUGCCUUCCUAAUUUCCGACUUGGGCCAGCAUGACAUGAUUAUUGAACGGAAGUGGUUCGAUAGCCAUGAUGUCUGGUUGAAUGCAAAGCACAGAAAACUGGUUUUGCCGGAGCACCGGAGCUACUUGGGCGAUGUCCAGAGCAAGCAGUAUUUGGAGGCUCUAAAACAGGGACUGCAGUGUCCUAAGCCCGACUCCAUCCACCAGGCCGACAUGGAGCGACGUGAUCGCCAAAUUGAGAAGGAAGAGCAAAGGGAACGCUAUCAAGCUCCUUGGAAAGAGGAAUCAGGCCAGCGUUCAGAUAUGGCCAAGGUGUCACAUACCCUGCAGGGCCAGGAAAUUGGCGCCAUCACUACCAAUUCAAAGCCCCGAAGGAAGACGACGACAAACCAACCAACAGUCCAGACUGAUAUUGCAGCAAUUGGGGCUGCACCAUUUCAACGGUACCUGGAGAAGGACACUGAGGUCUUCAUCACCAGUCUUUCUGAGAUUGGUCGUGUUCUCAAGGAGAAACGGGCUGAAGAACGACAAGAGGAAGAUCGUCAAGAACAGGAACUGAUAUACAGUUGCUAUGCCUGCUUUUUACCUCUGCGGGCUCAUCCUGUGGUGUUUGAUGAAAGUUCUCCUUAA